AUGGAUCAAUCAGCUUAUGAAUCACUAACUCUACAUAUACAGCAACAUGACAACAAUCAUAUGACAAAGACAUCUAUUGACAAGUACAACUUCAACACAACACCAAAUAACCAAGCAUCAUCUUCUCAACGAAGACAGCUAGAGGAAAGUAAUUCCCCGGGCAAAUCAUCUCAACGACAGACUAAGAAACAACGGCAACAAAAUUCGUCCACAACACCGUCAUCAACACGUUACUUCGGCUUUCCAAUACAACAUCUUAAACAUGCAGUAGCAAAUAGACCGCCUUGCUAUUUUAUCAGAUUCAACAGCAGCAACAAAGGUGGACAGUUCCAGAAUUUUCCAUUUUUUGUACCAGCUGGUUACAAUAGAUACAAGUUUGGAGUAGCAACAAGAGAGGACUUCUUAAAGCUUUGGAACUGUAAUUGGCCAAAUAAAAUGAACCAGAUAGAGGUAAAAGUUGAACGUCCACGUGCAGUACCUGAUUCAUCUGCUCUUGUCAUACGACAUAUUCCACUUAAUCUCGACAAUGGAUUUAUAUAUUAA